GGAAUUAUAGUGUCCCCCCAGGAGUUUCUUCUGCUCGCAGCCAAUCAAGAUCAUUUGACAACUGAUGACAUUAUAUAAUCUGAGAAGAAUCUAUUGCAAAGAAUAAAUUAAAUUAAAGUUAUAAUAAAUCAGGUGCACAAGGACGAAGGAUCACGAAUGUGGAAAUAAGUGUAAUCAAAAGAGACAGAUUAAUUCAGCUGCAUCUACGGAAAGCUAGAUAGACCGAGGAAAGAUCGAAAGUGCCGAUCAGCUGAUCAUCGUCGAGCAUGGGCGCGCUACAGCAAACAUACAGACUCUUCAGCAAAAGUGUCAGAAUUCCUCUGCAUUCGAUCGCGCCUUCCAAGAAGUAUCACUCUUCGAUAAUUCUAGCGAGACAUCAGCAACCGCAAGAAGUGGUUGAAAAUAUCAGGAACCGAUCAUCGUGCGGGGAUAAGAGACCGGUGAUCGACGAGGCGACCGUCAGGAGGCUGGAGAGGCUCGCACUGGUCGGCUUCGAGUACGAGCAGAGCAAGCGGAUCCUGGAGGAGGCCGUUGCCUUCGCCGAGCGGCUACGAGAAGCCCGCAUCGAUGAGUCGGUGCGUCCGAUGUACAGCACCCUGGAGAACAGUCACAUUCGUCUACGAGAGGACGUGGCCCGGAGCGGGAUCGAGCGCUGCGAGAUCCUGAGGAACGCCCAGGUGCUGGAGGAGGAGUACUUCGUCGCGCCCUUGACGACGAACAGGUCGUCCGAGUCGGGACGAUGAGUCUGGAGGC